CCUCCCUCCCGCAGCCGCACCGAGCCACAGACCGCGGCGGGGCCGGGCAGGGCCGCACCAUGACCGAGACCACCAAGACCCAUGUUAUCCUGCUGGCCUGCGGCAGCUUCAACCCCAUCACCAAGGGCCACAUCCAGAUGUUCGAGCGAGCCCGGGAUUACCUGCACAAGACCGGACGCUUCAUCGUCAUCGGCGGCAUCAUCUCACCCGUGCACGACUCCUAUGGGAAAACGGGGCUGGUGUCCAGCCGGCACCGCCUGACCAUGUGCCAGCUGGCCGUGCAGGCUUCCGACUGGAUCCGGGUGGACCCCUGGGAGUGCUACCAGGACACUUGGCAGACCACGUGCAGUGUGCUGGAGCACCACCGUGACCUGAUGAAGAGAGUGACUGGCUGCAUCCUCUCCAAUGUCAACACGCCCUCCGUCACCCCCGUGAUUGGCCAGCCCCAGAACGAGUCCCCGCAGAACAUCUACCAGAACAACAACAGCGUCUCCAACAAGCCCACUGCGGCAAAGAUCCUGGGCAAAGUGGGAGAAAGCCUGAGCCGGAUUUGCUGCGUUCGCCCACCCAUGGAGCGCUUCACCUUUGUGGAUGAAAAUGCCAACCUGGGGACGGUGAUGAGAUACGAGGAGAUUGAGCUUCGCAUCCUGCUGCUCUGUGGCAGUGACCUGCUGGAGUCCUUCUGCAUCCCCGGCCUCUGGAAUGAGGCAGAUAUGGAGGUGAUUGUUGGRGAGUUCGGGAUCGUGGUGGUGCCCCGGGAUGGAGCAGACCCCGAGCGGAUCAUGAACCACUCCUCCAUACUCCGCAAGUACAAAAACAACAUCCUGGUGGUAAAGGAUGACUCCAACCACCCCAUGUCAGUCGUCAGCUCCACCAAAAGCAGACUGGCCCUGCAGCACGGCGAUGGACACGUCGUGGAUUACCUCUGCCAGCCCGUCAUCGACUACAUCCUCAAGAGCCAGCUCUACAUCAACGCCUCUGGCUAAGUGCCCGAGGCCCUGCAGUGAGACAGCCCUCAAGUCCCUCCCGUCUGCAGCUCUCCAUCACUCUUUUCUCUCUUUCUCAGUCUGUGUGUCCAUCUCUCUCCCCAUCCCACGGCCUCCUGCCUGUAUCUGCCUCUCCCGCCCAGCACCACCAGCGCUCUGUUGUGCAGCCAUGUCCAGGGAACGGUUUGGUCUCUUUUUCUGGGGCGCUGCCCUGCCCUGGGUGCGCGGGGAGGAAGGAGGGGCCGCUCAGGGAGCAGUGUGCUCGCUGGGCUCCCAGCACAUCCCUGGGAAAUGGUCCCCUCAGCCUGUCCUCCCAGCAUGCUCGGAGCAGGGGCUGCCUCUUCCGCAUCAUCUUACACAACUGAAGAUCAAUAAAUCUGGGUGGAUUUUUUAUUCAGUAGCUUUAGUGUGAGCCCAUUGGGCCUCUCAACRCUGACCUUUGCUGGCAGCAGGCUUGGCUCCGUGCCCCAGGGCAAGGGAACCUCCUUAGGCUGUCCGUAGGACAGCCCAGCCAACAAAAUCAUCCUCCUGCCCCAAAAAGUAAUGGAGAGGGCAUUUCUGAAGGGGAACAAAGGCCUUGGCAAGCACUGCUGCCAAAGCAUUAAGAAGAGAAUGUCGUGUCUCACCUUCUCUCAGCUGCAAGAACUCAAACCACCCCCUAGGCAAGGGAGGUGAUGUUGGGGUGAUGUUCUACCCUGAUCCAGUGUCAGAGUGGGCAUCCCACAGCACCUGGAAAGGGAUCUGCCAUUUUUGCAGCCAAGAAAGGAGGCAGAAAGAAGCAGGUAUCRAGCCAAAGCCUCUGGUGAGAAUUUGCCCCAAACCUGGCUAGGUCCACCCUUACUCUCCAUUCCUGCUUGGUCCAUCUUCUCCCACCACUACCACUCUCUUCCUCUCCUCCAAGAGUUCAUUAGAUGCACGAUAACUUCCCCCUCCCAAACCAGCCGUGGCUGCUUUGCACAYCCCUUGGGAUAAGCCAGGCUCCUGWGAUGUGCCCAGGUGCUGGGAAUGGAGCCCAGGGGAGAUGAGCACGGUAAAAGUAGGACAGGUAACAGUUACUGAAGUCCUGUGCAGGGAAGGGUUGCUGAGCAUCCCUAGGGCACACAGACCCUGAACAGCCCCUGGGGAAGGUCACCGCUGCAAGGAGGAGGGUUUAGCCCUCAUCUUCUCCUCUCCCUUUGCUCCCUUUAACAUUGUACCACUCUGGGUAGAGCUCUGCUCUAUGUAGCYGAGAGUCUUCCAAGGUAUUUCAAGGAAAGAUGUGAAACUUCUUUUGUUUUGUCCCUUAGAARUCCUCAAAGGGUCACAAGUAGCUCCCAUGUAAACCCCAAAGGUGGGACUCUGUGCUAAAUUUGGGGUGAACAGCAAGCAGCUUCGGAUGAACRAGGAAGGCCACAGCCACCGGGUCCUUGCAGUGGGCAGGAUUUUAGGAGCAGUAGAUAAUGACAUCUCAGGAGGGCACAGCCCUUCCCUGAAGAGAAAUAAUGAGGGACAAGAGUGCUGUUACUCACCCAAAGGCCAGAAGAGGUCUUUYCUUGCCAGGGAUUUCCCUCUGCACAGAAAGGUUUGUUUGGGAACUGCUCUAAAUUUAGCAGCUGAGUCGCUCCGUGCCAGCUCUGUUAUCUCCAGGCGGUUGUGUAUGUAUCCCAUGGGAUGAGGGUGGCGAGGGUGUGGGGGACCCUGUUCCGGCCACUCUGGAAUGGAGCUGGUCGCCGCCACCACCCCACCGAGCUCCCGUGGUGGUCACCCCUCACCCCGAGACGCCCAGCAUACCUCAGACACUCGCUGGACUCCUUCCCGCCCACUAUUCCCAUAUGAGUUGUUGGUCAGCCUGCCCUCCCUCUGCACCCCAACACACGAGUUACCCCAGCAGCAGYCUCCCCUCCUUGCCAGAUGUCCCUUGUGUCCCUUGGCUCCAAGCAGGAGGAGCAGCAGUGGUGGCAGUCAGCCUCCAAUGCACAAAGGGACUGAACCUCGCGGGGAGCAGCACUGCUGGAGGKGGGGAAAGGACAGUGGGUUUUCCCUGAGGAAAGACAAAGAAAAUUGAACAGAGGAGAUGGAGAGAGAAAGGAGGUGUCGUGUCCAAGAGCCUCCUGUGCUCCUGCCACAGGUAGGUGGGAGGGGACAGCGACGCUUGGCUGYGGCAGGGGUGCUGAGCCUGUUCUGUCCUACCGCUCUGACCUUCGUGUAUGCACUCACAAAACUCACGGGACAGGAGAGGGACAGGGUAUUUGUAACAGGACCUUCURCUCUGGGACUGCUUUGGAAAAAUGUCACUGGGUGGGCAUGGGAAGGGAAUAAUCAUCUGUGAUGAUCCACAUGAGCAUGGGGAGGUGAGGGUUAGGCUUUCCAGGGCGCAGGGGAGGRUGGGAUGAAGCUUGUGGGGUUUGGUCUUUGAGCCUCCACUUUUAAACGGUGCAAUUUGCUGGAAGCAAAAUGAACUUCAAAUGMCUUUUGGGGAAAAAACAAUAAAUAAAGUGGGGAGGGAAAGGGGUUGAAGUUACCAUCCCACCAAUUUCGCCUUUGUCAGUUUUGGAGCCUUUUCUUUUUUUUGGUUGCUCUAUGAAAAAACAGUCAUUGACAAAAAGUACUUUAUCAGCAAAAUGUUUAAAUUAUGUAAUAAAC